AUGUCUGGCUUCGGAGCCCCCGGCGGGCGUGCGGUCAACGUCAAACCCUCACCUCCGGAGCGAGGAUCCUUCCCACUCGAUCACGAUGCCGAAUGCAAAUACAUCAUCUCGUCGUACCUGCGUUGCCUCCGCCGACAGAACCCACCAGGCAGGAAUACCGACGAAUGCAGAUUGUUGGCGAAAGAAUACCUCGGUUGUCGCAUGGAGAAGGGAUUGAUGGCUAAAGACGAAUGGAAGAACUUGGGCCUGGAGGGCAUGCCCCAGGAGUCAGGCGGUGCUGGUGGUACUGAGAAGAAGGGUUGA